AUGCAGGAGAACUUCUUGACUUCUGAUCCCCUAUUUGUUCACAUGUUGAACAAAUUUUUAAGUCUUCCGGCUUUAUUGUACAAUUGGGACACAGAUCAGUUUGAGGUGCCGAGCAGGGCAGCAGAGUUCACCUUCAACAAAAUCAGAUCAGCACUAGAACAUAGCAAAUCACAGCUCCUUUGUAAGGAUGUCAGCACACUAGCCAAAAGUGCUUUAGUGGACAACCAUUACACUGUCUCUUGUUUGGAGCGACAACAGGGGAUUCGGUGGAUUGCAAAGGAAAGAUUGACAUUUUUCCUUCAAAGCAGAUUCUUCCACGAGUACAGAUUAUCAAAGCUGUUGUUUCAGUGGGCCGGUCAUAUAAAUAUCUCUAGAAAAUACAGCUCUCAUCUACCGUCGGCCACGUUUGGGGACAAAGAAAAUGUCAACACCUUGGAUACACAAACAGGACUAUGUUUCAAGCCGUCUACCUCUUCCUCCAACCAGAACAGUGCCAAUAUCAACAUAAAAAAGACAGCAGCUGCAUCUCAAGUCAAGCAGCUACAUGAAGAGGCCUCUGACCUGCAUUUGGGCGACCUGGCUGUCCAAGUGGUUCAACAGGUGGUUGAGAAUGCUAUAUUCAUGUUGAAAGCACAGAAGCAGGGAAACAAAAAAUGCCAAAAAUGGAGUCAAGCGAGUUGGAGCACAGACUUUGAAAUGGAGAUUUGCUACCAUAAUGGCGGUCACCUAGGAAACCAACCAGGCAUGGAUGAUUUUAAGCUGUUUUUGCGUGGCACACAAGGAGGCAAGUUGUUAAAUCUCUGGUUGGACAUAGAGACACUGAAAGCUAUCAACAGCGAGCGGAAAAAAAGCUUUUUGGCUUUAAUAAGGAGCCGUUAUCUGUUGAGGAGCAGUCAGAACAGUCUGAAUAUGGACUUGCUGUGUAGAUUGGGGCUGGCUACCUCCCCCUGCUGGACAAAAGAAAGAUUGUGCUCAAUACAGCCCAGCCUUAUGGAGUCCAUCUCCUCCUACUGCAGAACUCAGUCAUAUGGCUGCACAAGACUGGAAGACAUUUUACAGGCACUAUUUGUCGACCCUGAUGCUGGUUCAUACUUCACUCACUUCUGUGAACAGUCUGGAAACCAGUUGUGGCAGAAUGCAGUUUAUUUUUGGAAUGACCUCCAGCAUUAUCAUGAGCUCUUCUACCAGGAUGGGCUAGAUCCCUACCGAGUGCAGAGAGUGGCUCAGGUCCUCUACUACACAUACAUCCACAGUUCUGCCAGCAGGAGCAUUAGAUUGAAGGAAGCGAUCAGGAAGGAGGUUUCUGACCACUUGAUACCUGCUUUUGAAGAGCUCUUUGAUCAAGUUGAGGAUCACAUUUUGAGCAUCCUCAUGGAGGCUUGGACAGUGCUUGUUGGCUUGGACAAAAAGUCCUUCCUGCAGAAGAGUAUGACAUCGCCAUCCAAUAAUUCAUCCAGAUUCUUUUCUCAAGGCCACCUGGACUUUGAGUCUUGGUCCAAUGUGCCUUCACAGUACCAAGGCUAUCGCUUAGGCUCCUUGCUUCGCCACCAUCAAGAGAUCUGGCACUUUAUGUCUUUCCUUGAGAAUGAAGAUGCCAGUAUUCACCUGGAAUGCUGGCUGGACAUGGAGCAGUACAGGAGGAUUCCUCAGACGAACAAGGCAGUGAGACAGGCCCGAUCUUCUCACAUCGCAAGGAAAUAUCUUAACGGAAACUACUUUUUUGGCUCCCAAAGUCCUGCCACAGAAGAGGAGCAGAAUAAUAUACUGCACUUGACUGGUGGACUGGAACUUCUGAAACGUGAGUGUCUCUCAAAGACUGUUACUGUGGAGAUCCAGGACAUCAUUAGAGCUCACAUUGAGAAAACAUGGCUGCCUCAAUUUCUGGCUACAAGGGAGUUCACAGAACGGCAGAAAGGCAAACCAAAGGGACUGAAGACUCUGGAUUAUGCGGUCUUGUACCUCAUACCCCUUGGACACUACCCAUCAGACCUCCCGAAGGAAAUGAUCUGUGAAUCCACAAAUGACCAGAGGAGUGAUAUGGCGUGCAAGUUUCGGCUCGUCAUUCCCCUGCUGCGGCCCCGGCAGGAGUGCUCGUCGCCAGGACAGCUCUCAAAGACAAAAGACAAGAAAAGGCUGGAAGCUGCUCUCGAUUCUCCGCAGAGUCAGGACUUGUGGAUGAGUUCCUCUACGGAAAUCCUUCUUUUUCGACGGUUUCUCCUCAACCCUACUUCCUGCUUGCAGUUCCAGCACUUUGUCUCUUGUAAGGGUGGUUUUCUGGAGAAUGACUUGCUCUUUUGGUUGGAGGUGCAGAGGUACAAGGACCUCUGCCAUUCUCACAGUGACGAAGCCACUAUUCAACAAAAGAUCUCCACAAUCAUCAAGUGUUUCAUCAAUUCGUCCACACCUCCAGCCUUGCAGAUAGACAUCCCUCUGGAGCAGGCACAAAGCAUGAGAGAGAAACGGCAUAAACUGGGCCCUUACAUCUUCAGAGAGGCACAGAUGUCUGUGUUCAGUGAGCUGCUCAAGUUUUGGCCCGAGUUUCAGAAGCUCAGGAGCAGCGUACAUGAAGAUCAGCUAUUGGAAAGGCUUCUGGACGAAAGACUCAAACACAAAGCCAGAGUGCGGCGACAAAGGAGGAAGGAGGAGGAAGACGAAGCAAGGAGAGCUCAGGAAGAUGUGAAAAGUCUAGAUUCCAGUUCUGGUGAGGAUGCAGAUGUCAGAAAUGAUGAUGAUGGGGGAGUAGAAAAAAGAAGAGGUGAAAGUAGAGAUUCAAAGACACCAAGUGGCUUGAUGCCAUUUACCCAAGUACCGUUGUCGUGGUCUUACUCAAAAUACAUGGCAGCUCUUAAAAGGGAGGAAGUGCUACUAAGGCGACAGAGUCAGAAGGAAGCAUCAUUCUCUACAUACUCAGGCAAUCAGGUUAUCUAG